AUGUCUGCCUCACUCCCUGGUCCCCGUGACCUGCCCGUCUCUCAAUAUGACUUGAAGUCCUACUGGGGCCGUGUUCGCCAUGCUGCAGACAUCUCCGAUCCUCGGACGCUGCUCGUUUCGCCCGCGGGCCUGGAGCAAGCGAAGAGUUUGAUCGCUUCGUAUAAGCAGAAUAAGAUCCCCCUUAUGACUCCGGAAUUGUGGAAGGCGAAGAAGGUGGUCGACUCGACGCUGCACCCUGAUACUGGCGAACCGGUUAUGCUCCCCUUCCGCAUGUCUGCUUACGUCCUUACCAACUUGGUCGUGACGGCGGGCAUGCUUACCCCGGGUCUGGGAACAACCGGUACCCUCCUCUGGCAAAUCGGCAAUCAAUCCCUCAACGUCGCCAUCAACAAUGCCAACGCCAACAAAUCCACCCCACUCUCCACCUCCCAAAUCGCCAAAUCCUACCUCAUGGCCGUCUCCGCCUCCUGCUCCGUCGCUCUGGGUCUGAAUGCCCUCGUGCCCCGUCUGAAGAGCAUCUCCCCCAACACCCGCCUCAUCCUCUCCCGUCUCGUCCCCUUCGCCGCCGUCGCCAGUGCCUCGGCCCUAAACGUCUUCCUCAUGCGCGGCGAGGAAAUCCGCCGCGGCAUCGACGUUUACCCCGUUCUCUCGGACGCGGAUCGCGCUAAGCGCGAAGCCCUCGGCGACGACGCCGAACCUCUCCAAAGUCUGGGCAAGAGUAAGAAGGCUGCUACCCUCGCUGUCGGCGAGACUGCCAUCUCCCGUGUCCUCAAUGCAACCCCGAUCAUGGUCCUGCCCCCUCUGAUCCUGGUCCGUCUCGAGAAGACUGCCUGGAUGAAGGCGAACCCGCGCAUGGUUCUCCCCGUGAACCUGGGUCUUGUCCUGACGACUUCGUUGUUCGCUUUGCCGUUGGCGUUGGCCGCGUUCCCGCAGCGUCAGGCUAUUAGUGCUGCUUCGCUGGAGGAGGAGUUCCAUGGUCGGGGUGGAUUUGAGGGGAUGGUUGAGUUUAACCGCGGCAUGUAA